AUGGCGUCGCCGCCGGAGCACGCCGCCCUCACCGACUACGAGCGCCGCCGGCAGGAGAACAUCGGGCGCAACGAAGUCAUCCUCGCCUCCCUACGCCGCAAGGCCGCCGAGCUCACCGCCAUCAUCAAGCUCUCGCGCCCCAGGAAGCAGCCCCGCGCGAGCCGCGCCGCGCCAGCGGGCCCCGUCCGCCGCUCCCUCCGCGCCCAGGGCCUCCCUCCUCCUCCCCACGACCCUUCCGCAUUCGCGGCCGCGCCCCGUCCCCGCAGCACCCGGCUCUCCGCCUCCCUCGCCUCCUCCAUCCUCACCUCCGCCUCCCCUCCCGCGCCGGAGGCUAAGGCCCGCGGCGGCGGGGCCGGCUUCGACCCGGGGACGGAGCUGGUGCUGACGACCUCCCACGUGAGGAGGGUUGUGCCGGCUGACAGGAUACUGUCGGUGCGGGUACUGCCGCUGGUGGACCGCACCGUGGUGGCGGUGGGGAGCAAUCUGGGGCAUGUUGGCUUCUGGGACGUGGACUGCGCUGUGGUGGACGACCGUGGCGACGGCGCACACGGGGUGUUCGAGUAUAUGCCUCACCUGGGCCCUGUGGGAGCCAUCGUUGCGCACCCGGCCACGCCGCAGAAGAUUUACAGCUGUAGCUAUGAAGGGGAAAUGUGUCUCAUGGACCUUGAGAGAGAGAACUUUAAUAUUACCCAGCUAUCUGACUAUCCUAUUUUCUCACUUUGUCAAGCACCAAAUAGCCCCAGCUGUCUAUAUUUUGGUGAAAGAAGAGAUCUGAAACUUUUUGAUGAGAGGAUGGGUAAGGUGUCAACCAUAUGUAAUGCACAUGCUGGCCGAAUCAACUCAAUAGAUUUUCAUCCAGAGAACACAUAUAUGUUGGCCACAAGUUCAAGAGAUGGAACUGCCUGUAUAUGGGAUUUGAGAACCAUGAAGAAGGAAGCAGAGAGCUUGGUGGUUCUUGAACAUCACAGAGGUCUUCAGUCAGCCUAUUUUUCACCAAGUGGCUGCAUGAUUGCAACUACAAGCCUAGAUGCUACUGUCCGAGUUUUUAGUGUGGAUAACUUUGAAAACUCUCACACAGUGGAGCGAAAUAACAGUAUCUGCAGAUGUCUUUCUACAUUCAAGGCAAUCUGGGGCUGGAAUGACACGGACCUGUUUAUUGGAAAUACGACACGGGCAAUAGAUGUCAUCUCAGUUGAUCUGAAUGACACUUGCAUUACAGCUACAAACAAUGCAUCUCUCGUGAGUGAACAUAUGAUUUCCAUCCCGUACCGGUUUUCUGCACACCCCUAUAAAGUUGGCCACAUUGCGUGUUCGAGCUCCGGCGGCAAAGUAUUUCUUUGGACCAGAGCAUGAAGCAAGAAGAUUCAAAUGACUGAUUAUUUCGACUCAGCUUUUGGUAAGCUGUUAAUUUUGAUGGUUGCAACAACCAAAACCUUGUUUCAUACCCUCGAGACAUAGGCACUGGUUGAGAUUUUGAUGACCAAUGCUAUGCCGUAUUUAGAUGAUGUACAAACAAGUACAACUGCCUUUUGUCUAGUUAUGAGCAAUAUAUUAGAAGUUUAGCA